AAAUCUGAUUCCAUUCCCUCUUCAACGUUCAACCAGCUCCUCCACUAUCUCGGCGCGCCACAUUCAUCGACAUUCCUUAGGGACCUUAUCCUUAACCCUGAUGUUCACCUACACCCUACGACUUGCCUUCGUAGUCCCACGAAGACGUGUUGCCUAGUCAAGAGUCUACAGCAUUUCUACUUGACGUUCUGAUUGUAUUCGCCUGGUAACGGCAAAUUUCCCUUCAACACGUCGCGCCUACUUGAAAAGACGUUCACCUUGGAUUCGAAGACCUUGGGGUUGAAGAGGUAUAAUGCUCAACUGGAAGACGUGGGAUUACACGAGCGCCUGUGAGUGCUGGGCAGUAUCUCGCUUUUGUCGCACAAGGAUAGCAUACGCCAAAUCGACAGAAUACACCCGCCAGACCAAGACGCCUCAGGCUCUCGUCAGGGACCUAUAAUAAAUGCCGAUGAGAACUUUGAUGGCUCUGGUAGAGAUUGCAAUUGUACUUGUACUGAUUCACAUUUGUGAAUAUACAAGUACUAUUCUAAACCGAUUGACCGUUCAACACCAGUCUGAUGGUAUACACCGAGAUGGCUUCCAAUCGUGCCCCAGUCAACAUAGCCAUCAGAAGUACAUACCUUCCUCGUCUCUGUGUCGAGGUCGUGCUAUUCCACUCUUACACAAAACGCCCCUUGGCCCAAGCAGCAUCAGUCUUCUCUCGACUGCAAGUGCCACCGACAGGUCCACAGUGACACUGUCGCAUCUCAACCUCCACGAAAGGCUCACUCAUGGAAGAAGCCAUCACUAGCAAGGCAUGAUUCUCUCUAGCAUAGAAAUGGCGAAGAAUUGCAUUUGCGGGCGUGAAUUGGGUGUUUGGAUGUAGUGGAGUGGAUAGGCGAGCAUAACUAGCGGAUGGAGGUCGUACGAUGGAGCUAUUGAGGGCGGAAGCAGGAUACAUCCCGAUCGACUGAUCGGCCGGGGCAUUUUUCAAAUCUACGCGUUCAAUCACACGCGGCGCUCUCCUUGUCCUUCCCGAUGGUGCCGAACCGGCUACGAUUCCGAAAAUCCAGGUCUUCUCGGGGAAUAUGCAGCUGCCAAUGCUCACA